AUGGUGAUUGCCGGAGCUCAUGAGCAGUCGCCAGAGCUCGUUGCCGCCUGGUCGGCUGUCGUCGCCAAGCCUCCGUCGGGGCCCGAAAAGGUGACCAUGGCGACGAAGCCCCCUCUACCGCCGGCUCCGAAGCCCGUGACAACAGACGCUGAAAAGACUCUUCCCCUCGUACCCGCGGAUCCCCAUGGCGGGGGCGAGACGGGCCCGGCUGCCCCUGUUGUUGAUCCGGCCGCUCCGGCUGCUGCUCCUGUUCCCCUCGCUCCCGUGGUUGCGCCGACGGCGUCUGCUCCUGCUGGGGGAGUUGCUGAUCCCCCUGCUCCUGCCCCUGGCGCACCCGUUGCGCCGGCCGCUUCUGUCCCCAACGUGCCUGCGCCGUUGUCUGCUUCGUCCCCGCAGGCGGGGUCCGCCACCACUGGCGGCCCGACCCCGAUGGUUGAGACUCCAGCCGUGGAACCGAAUGCACCUGCUGCGCUGCCGACGGCCCCGCAGGAGCGCGAGUCGUCGCGGCGCCGGCGCAACUCUCCCCGGCGCUACCAGCCGCCGGACCAAUGGCCUGCUCACCCCGGUGGCAAUGCGGGCUGGAGGGGUCCCCGCGGGCGUGGUGGUGGCGGGGGUUACCGCCCGCCUGUGACAAUGGCGGAUCUUCAGCGGGAAGUGUCGAGGGCCGUGCGCGAGGAGAGGGCGGCGCAGAGCCAGAGCAGUUCGCUGCGGGCCGCGCCAGCGCACGUGGCUGCUCUUCAGGCUGUGCCUCCCGUGGUCCCUCCGCCAGCUGCUGCACUUCCUCCUCCAGUCCUUGCCCCAUCGGCUCCUGCUCCUGCUGCCUCGGCACCUCCCUCCGGCUCUCGUCUUCAUCUGCCGCCGGUUCCGCCUGUUGCGGGAGUGGAGUUUGUUGCUGCGGGUGGUGGCUCGUCGGCACAGUAUUCCCACCACGUUACUGCGGAUGAGCCACUUCUUUUCCUGACGGAGGCACUUCAGCCUCCGCAGACGCGUGUUCCCGAGGCGACGCUUGGCCAGCUCCACCGACUCGCGGAGAGCCUCCACGCGUUGCUGCUGAUUCAAGUUCUCGCUCACUCGUCCCUCCCCGUGAUUCCUCCAGAGACUUUCCGCGGCCGCCAGCGUGACACGUGCUUGGACGCGGCGGACCAGCUCGCGUCGCUGCUGGCGCCCGUGUUGGCUGCGCCCGCGGAGGGUGGCGCUGCUGCUGCGGGACAGCUUGACGAGGCUGUCCGGGGCUUGAGGCGGCACUUGCGCGCAGGAUCUGGAGCCGCGGCGAUCGGCGCAAGCAUGCUUGUGGUCCGGGAGCUGUGGCGCUCCCUGACGGGCGUUCUUCACGCCCUUGGAGCUCACCGCAUGUAG